CAUUCUAAAACAUUACCUGAGGGGUACUCACAGAAGGGGGGGACUUUCUUCUCCAUCCUUCUUUGAUUUGACCACCAUGCUAGUGGUUUGUGGAACUAGUUGAACUAAUUGAGUUUUGUUUUUUGCAACAGAGGUCAGUUUGUUUUCCAAGGAUAUUUAAAGUUUAAUGACAGGGAUAGCAACCUAAUCAGAAUGUCACUUUUUUGUGUAACAGCCUACUUAACAGAGAAAGUAGUUAAGAGUUUCAUCUCAUACUACACUUGUAGUACGGCAUCACUAAAGUAAUACUGUAUGAGUUCAGUCAUCUUAGAGAUUCAGCUCACAUGGAAUAAGUUAAUGCUAUAGUUCCUUUUCUUGCCUGUUUUCCAGGGUGGAUGUGAUUUAAAUCAAAUUGAUUUAAACUACUAGUCAGACUAGAUUUAAAUCAUGAUUUUCUUCAUAAUUUGUACACAUGCCUGUUUUACCCAUAGGUAAAGGAACGUCAUUAAAAUAUUUCCAACCCUAUCUAUGUUUGGGCAACACAAAAAGCUGCAGUUCAGCUAUUCAGAACUGCCCAGUCUAUGUUGCAGGCCAGUGUGGUUUGGACAGGUCACAGUGGGCUGCAUUGAUUAUGCAAACUGGGUUACUGUCUCAGAUUUCAAUUGCAGAUUGUUGUGAUUAUGCAUGUGGUUAAAGAGUUCAAUUUGAAGGGUAUGCUCACAGUACCAUAUUGGAUGCUUGUGAAAACCGGUGAUAGGAUUUGUUGCAGUUGUGUAGGAAAGUUUCUUCAAAAAAUGCAUUCCUUAAAAUUCCCAAGUUUCAUAGCUGUUUUGCCAUAAAGAAGCAAUCCUAGACGAAUUCCUUGAACUAAACAUAUAAAUUGUACACCUCUUGUAAUUUUGGUUCUGAAAAAAAGUUAAACUUUGGCAGAGGGACCUUCCACCUAUACAGAAAAUUGCCAGUUCCCUAUUAGAAUAUUUAAAAUGAUUUAAAUUCUUUCUUAAAUAUUCUAUUUAUCAUGUCUUUUCUCACAAACUACUUUUUAUUUUUACUGUAAUCCAUUGUUUCUUGAAGGCUAUGCUGUUAAUUACUCUUUAGCACAUUUCUGCCUUCUUACAGUAACUGUAAUUAAUCAGUUCUGGGCUCUCUUAGGAGAAAGUUAUAUUCAUUUUGGAAAUGUUUGUAUGUGGAGUAAUAGAUUAUUAGGCUGUGGUGGGAAAUGAGGCAUUAUAUCCAGCAGGUUGUCCUGAGGGAGACGAGUGGAGAAAGUACCACCAUUGGACCAAUCCUACUGAAGGCCACCUCCAGGAAAGCUCCUCCUUCCUCGAAGUCACUUUCAGCCCCCAGUCCAGCAGGACUGUUCUGAGCGCAACAUGCCUACUGUAUAAAUGCCAUAGAAUAAAUGGCGUCAAAAGUAACAGAUGCUAUAGUCUGGUACCAGAAAAAGAUUGGGGCAUAUGAUCAGCAAAUAUGGGAAAAAUCUGUAGAACAAAGAGAAAUCAAGGGUUUGAGGAACAAGCCAAAGAAAACUGGUCAUGUAAAGCCAGAUCUCAUAGAUGUUGAUCUUGUAAGAGGCUCUGCCUUUGCUAAAGCUAAACCAGAAAGCCCCUGGACCUCCUUGACUCGAAAGGGUAUUGUUAGAGUUGUUUUCUUCCCAUUUUUCUUCAGGUGGUGGCUGCAAGUGACGUCAAAGGUUAUUUUCUUCUGGCUCCUUGUCCUUUAUCUUCUUCAAGUUGCUGCAGUAGUAUUGUUCUAUACAAUAGAAGGCCCACAUAAUAUACCUCUGACUGAAGUAAUAGGGCCAGUAUGGCUCAUGUUGCUCCUUGGAACUGUGCAUUGCCAGAUUGUUUCAACAAGAACACCUAAACCAUCUCCAAGUACGGGAGGGAGAAGGCGAAGGAAAUUGAGGAAAGCAGCACAUUUGGAAGUUCAUAGGGAAGGAGAUGGCUCUAGUACUACAGAUAACACACAGGAAGGAACAGUGCAGAGCUACGGUACAAGCACCUCUUACAGUGUUGGCGCUGUCUUCAGAGAUAUCUGGCAUGCUGCUUUCUUUUUAUCAGGAGCAAAGAAAGCAAAGAAUUCAAUAGAUAAAUCAACAGAAACUGAUAAUGGGUAUGUCUCCCUUGAUGGAAAAAAGACAGGUAAAAGCAAUGAAGAUGUUUUACAGUCUCAUGAACAGCACUGUGAAGUUAUUAGAUCAGAAGAGACAUGCUGGAACACAGGAACAGUAAGAAAUACCUUCAGUAAUCCUAAUAAUCACAAAGAUAGUCACAGAACAGUGGCAAAUGUGUCUGAUGAAGUUUCAAGUGAGGAGGGGCCAGAAACUGGAUAUUCCAUGCGGCGUAAUGUAGAACGUGUUUCUAGUGAUUGUGCAUUUCGAAAUAGGAAAUCCCAUCAUUAUAAGAAGCAUUACCCUGUGGAGGAUAUCCCUAAAUCAGGCACUAGUUGCAGUUCACGAUGUUCAAGUUCCAGACAAGAUUCUGAGAGCACAAGGCCAGAGUCCGAGACAGAAGAUAUUCUCUGGGAGGAUCUUUUACAUUGUGCAGAGUGCCACUCAUCCUGCACCAGCGAGACAGAUGUUGAGAACUCUCAGGUUAAUUCAUGUAUGAAGAAAGAGUAUAGAGAUGACCCAUUUCAUCAGAGUCAUUUGCCCUGGUUCCAUAGUUCUCAUCCUGGGCUAGAAAAAGUAAGUGCAAUCGUUUGGGAAGGUAAUGACUGCAAAAAGGCUGACAUGUCAGUGCUUGAAAUCAGUGGCAUGAUAAUGAACAGAGUGAACAACUAUGUACCUGGAAUAGGAUAUCAGAUUUUUGGAAAUGUUAUCUCUUUAAUCCUGGGUUUAACACCAUUUGUAUUUCGACUUUCCCAAGCGAAGGAUCUGGAGCACUUAGCUGCACAUUCUGCCACUGAACUUUAUACUAUUGCAUUUGGAUCAAAUGGAGACAUGAUGGUUCUUUCUAUGGUUAUAGUAUGCUUCAUAGUUCGUGUUUCUCUUGUAUGGAUUUUCUUCUUCCUGUUAUGUGUGGCGGAAAGAACCUACAAGCAGAGAUUGCUUUUUGCCAAACUCUUUGGCCAUUUAACAUCUGCAAGAAGAGCACGGAAGUCAGAGGUUCCUCACUUCCGGCUAAAGAAGGUGCAGAAUAUAAAAAUGUGGCUCUCCCUGCGUUCCUAUCUGAAGAGGCGAGGUCCUCAGCGGUCAGUUGAUGUAAUAGUCUCAUCUGCCUUUUUGUUGACUAUUUCAGUUGUAUUUAUCUGCUGUGCACAGCUACUUCAUGUACAUGAGAUCUUCCUUGACUGCCAUUAUAACUGGGAACUAGUGAUAUGGUGCAUUUCAUUAACUCUGUUUCUUUUAAGAUUUGUUACACUUGGAUCUGAAACUAGUAAAAAAUACAGCAAUACCUCAAUAUUAUUAACUGAACAGAUAAAUUUGUACUUGAAAAUGGAAAAGAAGCCGAACAAGAAGGAGGAGCUGACAUUAGUAAACAAUGUUCUAAAACUUGCUACAAAAUUACUCAAGGAACUGGACAGCCCCUUCAGGUUAUAUGGGUUGACAAUGAAUCCUCUGCUUUAUAAUAUCACACAAGUUGUCAUUCUGUCUGCUGUUUCUGGUGUUAUCAGUGACUUGCUUGGAUUCAAUCUAAAGCUCUGGAAGAUCAAAUCCUGACCGUUUUCAAAAAGGAGAUAGGGAGAGAAGAGGACUGGGUGACUAAGCUGAUUCAAAGCAGUUGCUAAUCCUGUAUUUCAGAAGCUACAAUCUCUUCAAGACUAUCUGUUGAAAAAACUGAAGUGUUUACAUCUGACUGACUUGUGCAAUCUUUAUAUUUAUUUUACCUUUUUGCUUUUUUGUAAAGUUUAUUUUAGCUGACAUUGUAUUUUAUUUUGAAACAUUAAUAUGCUUUGGUUAUGAAAAGGUCAAACAAGGAUAUCCAGAUACUUGAGAUCUUGGUAAUUGGUUUCAUAAAUUACUCAAAUAUGCUUCAUCUGGUAUGAAAGUUGAAGCUCCGAUUCUAGGCUUUUUAUACUUCAGAAGUUCUCAUUACAACAAUGUCAUGCUGAAGUCACUUUAGUGAGUGUGUGUUAUAAAAUGUUUAGAACAUUUUAUUUUUUAUCAUUCUUUCAGGGUAGUAUCAGAGCACCAGCAUAUUGUUGGUUACGGUAGAAAGUGAUAUCUACUGUAAUGACAAUGCAGUAGGCCAGGGAACUAAUGUUUUAUAGAGAGAUAUAAAGAGAGAGAGAAGCAUGCAAAUGCUGAAGUCAGCAGGUAUCUUACUGAAGCAAUUCCAGGAUCCUAAACACACUGAACUGAAGUUUAAGCAUUACUGCAUAUUAAUAAGGUAUUAUAUAGCAGGUCAACAAGUGCUCUUUGAUAACAUUUUUAUUAGAGCAAUAACAUAAACUGUUACCACACUGUAAGAUAUUUUGAUAAAAAUUAGCUAUAGUAUUUAUUUGAAACACUGGGCUGUUUGCACAGCUCUGACUGUGCCGCUCAACAUGUGCACUUUUAUCGUUCCUUUUAAUAAUGAACUUUAUAUAUACUAAAUAGAAUAUAUUAUGGUGGACUGUGGUGCAAUAGUGUUACUUUGCCAGAUGGAUACAUUAUGUAUGCUUAAGAGAAAAUGCUUUCCCAUAGUACACUGUAGUAUAUGUGACUUAUACCACACAUUGACCAUAAACUGAACAAGAGCGACCAUGCAUUAUUUUAAAGUUAUACAACAAGCCACUUCGGACAUUCUAAUUUUGAAAGCUCAGUUUUCACCUUGCCUAUAAGUAAGUGCUGUUUGGGCUAAUUUCUGUUGUGUUUCCUUGGAUGACAUCAGUGUAAACAUAGAUAGGAGCUAGCUUUGUGAUUCUGUAACUUCAGCCUAGCUCACAGCUCUGUUAGAGGCAUGUGUACAUAGGACUGAGUUUAAAGUGAUUCUAGUGGGGUGGGAAUAAAUGCUUUUAAAACUGAGGUCAAAUCAUGGUAAUGUCAUGUUGUGUUUGACAGGAUUUUUAUAGAAUUUUGAGAAUAUUAUGGCUGCAAUUCUAUACACACUUCCUUGGGAGUAAGUUGCACUAAAGUCAGUGGGGUUUACUUCUAAAUAGAUGUGUACAGGAUUGCACUGUAAAAGUCAUAUGUCUUUAUUGACACAUAACUAUUUUUAGUUAGGUGGUUCACUGCUGAGAUUGAACCAGAUGAUGCCUGUAACAGCCUAAUUGAUGUAGAUAUAUGCUGCUGCAAUACAGCAAAUCCACAUCGAAUAUGUGGCUUUUGCCUACAGAGGUUUCUGAGACUGUUCAUUUCAGUUGGAGUGAUUCAACUUUACAUGCACAAAGGGAUACACCAGGUUGUUUCUUUUUUACGAGAAUGGGGGAACCCACAUGUUGUGUGUAUGCAGAGAGCACACACAGGGUUCUGGAAGGCAAGAAGAUAAAUAGAUUUGAGCUUUUGGAUUUGGAUUCAAUCACUAUUUCACACAGGUCUUUUAAUAUAAUUAAAAUGCCAAAAAUUGUUUAGCUCCAUCUAUUUAGGCUACUCCAUAAAACUGUAAAAAGAAAUAAUGUAGAAAGGGGCAGGCUUAUAUUGAGCAUAUCUAGAAUAUUCUGCAUUGGAGAAAGAGUAUUGUGUUUGCUGUUCCCAAAUGUCAUUCCUUUUGGCAACAGAAACUAAUGCACGCAAUGGAAAAAUAAACCUCAACCUCCUCCCACCCUUCCAGAAUAAUUGUGACAUAUCCUAACUUGUGUGGUAUAAGAUAUUUUUAUAUAUAAAGCAACACAAUGAUUUUAUAUUUUAUUUGUUGCUCUACUAAUGUUCAAUAAUGACCAAAGUGCAUUCUGUUGUUGGUUGCUCCCCCACCCCCACAAAGAAUGUAUUACUGGAGCUUUAAGAACAUGCUUGUGUCUAGUUUACCAUGUAAAAAAUCUUGGCUCUAUGAUCUGUUCUUCCUCUGUGUUGUCUGAUGUUGGGGUUGUGUUUAGGAAUCAAGUCUAUUUUAUAUUUUUUCCCAAAAAACGGUACAGAACUAAAUAAAACAACAUUUUGCACAGAAUAUAUUUUAAGAAAAAAAAAGCAGUAUGGGUAAAAUAUGACUUCACUUCUACAGUCUGUUUCUCUCUCUUUUUUUUUUAAAGAAAGGAUAAACAACUGUUCUCCAGAAUGAUUUUUGUUACAGAAUAAUCCUAUACUUGUCUGCUCAAAAGUAAGAACUAAGUUCAAUGGCACUCUAGAGAUAGAGUUGUAGGGCACAAUCCUAUGCAUACUUAGAAUGGAAAAACUCACAACUCAUACCAUGCCCCAGCCAUGACAUGCUGGAAGGUGUAGGUAUUCGUCUAAUUAAAUACACAUAGGAUUGUGCUUUUAUACUAAAAUGCUGAUUGUGAUCUUGUUAGAGGGCAGCAAUCUGAGUUCAAGAAGGAAAUUCAAUUGUUAAUACACUGUAUAUCAGCAACUAGCAAUAUGCUGGAUUGUUGCACUGCUUACAAAAAACCUAAUGAGGGCUAACAAAUAUGAAAAGUACCUCACAAUAAAGACAGGUGUGUUUAAAUUGUUUCCAUUUUGUAUAUCACUCAUACAAGUGAAAUGCUAAGCAUGUUUUACAUUAUCUUUUUUUAAAAAAACAGAGGUAAACAGAUCUUAUUUAACUGUUUUUGACACAUGUUUGUAACAGACAGCGUGUUAAAGCUUGGAAUAAAACAUUCUGUGGCUGAUAGAAUAAA